AUGGCUGAGCCAAAGUGGCCCGGCGCCGUUGUGCGCAAGACUUUCCUCGAGUUCUUCGAGAAGAGGGGCCACACGAUCGUGCCCUCUUCUUCCGUCGUCCCUCACAAUGACCCCACCUUGCUCUUCACCAAUGCGGGCAUGAACCAAUUUAAGCCCAUCUUCCUCGGAACGAUCUCAAAGUCGGAUCCCAUGUACCCUCUCAAGCGUGCGACCGACUCCCAAAAGUGCAUUCGCGCCGGUGGCAAGCACAACGAUCUUGACGAUGUCGGCAAGGACAGCUACCACCACACAUUCUUCGAGAUGCUGGGCAACUGGUCCUUUGGAGAUUACUUCAAGAAGGAGGCCAUUGAGAUGUCAUGGGAGCUCUUGACCAAGGUCUAUGGUCUGGAUCCUGCCCGCUUGUACGUCUCUUACUUCGAGGGCAACCCUGAGAUGGGUCUCGAGCCCGAUCUGGAGGCCAAGAGCCUGUGGCAAUCCGUUGGUGUCCCCGACGACCACAUCUUGCCCGGCAACAUGAAGGACAAUUUCUGGGAGAUGGGUGACCAAGGCCCUUGCGGUCCCUGCAGUGAGGUCCACUACGACAAGGUUGGCGGCGGCCGCAACGCCGCUCACUUGGUGAACGAGGAUGACCCGAUGGUCGUGGAGAUCUGGAACAACGUUUUCAUCCAAUACGACCGCCAGGCCGAUAAGUCACUCAAGUCUCUCCCCGCCAAGCACGUUGAUACUGGCAUGGGUUUCGAGCGUCUCGUCUCCGCUCUCCAGGAUACCGUUUCCAACUACGCCACCGAUAUCUUCACGCCCCUCUUCAAGAGGAUUGAGGAAGUUACUGGCGCCAGGCCCUACACUGAUAAGUACGGAGCCGACGAUGCUGACGGAAUCGACACUGCCUACCGUGUCAUUGCUGACCACAUCCGUCUUCUGACCUUCUCCAUGUCUGAUGGUGCUGUCCCCAACAAUGACGGCCGCGGAUACGUCCUCCGCAGAGUGCUCCGCCGCGGUGUCCGCUACGCGCGCAAGUACUUCAACGCCGAGAUUGGAUCCUUCUUCUCCAAGAUUCUUCCUGCUCUUGUCGAUCAGAUGGGCGAACAGUUCCCCGAGAUUGUCAAGAAGCAGCAGGAUAUCAUUGAGAUCCUCGAUGAGGAAGAGGCGGCCUUUGCCCGUACCCUUGACCGUGGCGAGGCUCAAUUCGAGAAGUUCGCCAAUGCUGCCAUCAAGAAGGGCGAGAAGAAGCUCACUGGCGCGGAGGUUUGGAGACUCUACGACACCUUCGGAUUCCCUGUGGAUCUUACAAAGCUGAUGGCCGAGGAGCGUAAGCUCGACAUCGACGACGAGGAGGUCAAGGUUGCCCAGGAGAAGGCCCGCGAGGCUAGCAAGGUCGUCAAGAACGCUGCCCAGACUUUCGCCAAGCUGAAUGUCCACCAAAUUGCUGAGCUUGAGCAGCAGCUCAACAUUGCGAGAACGGACGAUGAGGCCAAGUUUGUCAAGGGUGACUCAAAGGCCAAGGUGCAGCUGAUCUACGACGGCAAGGGUUUCAUCAAGUCAACUGAGGGUAUCGCCGAGAACACUCCCUUGGGUCUGUUGCUCGACAAGACCAACUUUUAUGCUGAGUCUGGUGGUCAGGUCGCCGAUUCUGGUCGCAUUGUCAUUGAUGGUGUCGCCGAGUUCAAGGUUCUCGAUGUUCAGAACUUUGGUGGUUACAUUGUCCACAGUGGAUAUCUCGAGGACGGCAACUUGUCCUCUGGCAACGAGGUCAUCUGCGAGUACGACGAGCUGAGAAGAUCACCCAUCCGCAACAACCACACUGGCACUCACAUCCUCAACCACUCCCUCCGAGAAGUUCUCGGCGAUGACAUCAAUCAGAAGGGCUCUCUGGUCGACAACGAGAAGCUGCGUUUCGACUUCUCCCACAAGACCGGUGUGACUAUCCCCGAGAUCAAGAAGAUUGAGGACUUCUCCAACGCCUACAUCCGCCAAAAUGGCAAGAUCUACUCAAAGGAGGUAGACCUCGAUCUUGCCAAGGGAAUUGAGGGUGUUCGUGCCGUCUUUGGCGAGACAUACCCCAACCCCGUUCGCGUUGUGUCUGUCGGCGUUGAUGUUGACACCCUCCUCGCAAACCCCAAGAACGCAGAGUGGCGCAAGGUCAGCGUGGAGUUCUGCGGAGGUACUCACGUUGAGCAGACCGGCCUCAUCAAGGACCUUGUCAUCGUUGAGGAGAGCGGUAUUGCCAAGGGUAUCCGUCGCAUCAUCGCCUACACUGGCGAUGCUGCUCACCAAGUGCAACGCGAGGCUGCUGAGUUCUCCAAGCGUCUCGAUGCACUUGAGGCACUUGCCUUUGGCCCCGAGAAGGAGCAGGAGAUCAAGUCGACCCAGCAUGCACUCAACCAAUUGACUAUCUCCACUCUCACCAAGGAGGAUAUCAAGAAGCGCUUCGACAAGAUUGUCAAGUCCGUCACCGAUGAGCAAAAGAAGCGCCAAAAGGCCGAGUCCAAGACUGCGCUCGACACCGUUGCUGCGCAUUUCGAGAAGAACAAGGACUCCAAGUGGUUCGUUGGUCAGCUCCCGAUCUCCGCCAACGCCAAGGCUAUUGGCGAGGUUGUGAAGCACUUCCAGUCCAAGGACAAGGAGCGCUCUGUCUACCUGUUUGGUGGAAGCAAGAACGAGGGUGCCGUUGCCCACGGCGUCUACGUUGGCACUCACCUGUCCUCACAAGGCGUUACCGCCGAGCAGUGGGCUUCUCAGGUCAGUGGAGUGAUUGGAGGCAAGUCUGGUGGCAAGGAGCCUACCCGCCAAGGACAGGGCACCAACGCCGAGAAGCUGGAUGAGGCUGUUGCCGAGGCAGAGAAGUGGCUGAAGGAGAAGCUCAAUAUUUGA